AUGAGCUUCCAAAGUGUUCAACUCCAUUUAUGGUGGAGAAUUCUUGCACUUGGACUUUUACUUCUUGUAGUUCAAUCUUUUGGGCUCAACACAGAUGGUGUUCUCUUGCUUUCUUUCAAGUUCUCUAUCCUUAGUGACCCUCUCUCUGUGCUUCAAAGUUGGAAUUACCGUGACCAGACUCCAUGUUCAUGGAACGGAGUUGCUUGUGGAUCUCCGGGAAAAGACAAUACUUACUCUCGUGUCACAGGCUUAUCUCUCCCAAAUUGUCAGCUCCUUGGUUCAAUUCCAGCCAAUCUUGGCAUGAUUCAACACCUCCAAAAACUUGAUCUUUCCAACAAUUCUCUUAAUGGGUCCUUGCCCUUCUCACUUCUCAAUGCAACCCAGCUUCGGUUUCUUGACUUGUCCAGUAAUAUGAUCUCUGGUCAGUUACCAGAGACCAUAGGACGGUUACAGAAUCUUCAACUCCUUAACCUCUCCGAUAAUAUCUUAGCGGGAACUUUACCUGCCAACCUCACUGCUCUCCAUAGUCUAACUGUUGUUUCUUUCAAGAACAAUAAUUUCUUUGGUAAUCUUCCUAGUGGAUUUCAAACCGUCGAGGUUUUAGAUCUCUCUUCUAAUCUUCUCAAUGGAUCUCUACCUCAAGAUUUUGGUGGUAGCAAUCUUCACUACUUAAACAUCUCUUCCAACAAGCUUUCUGGUCCAAUUCCACAAGAAUUCGCCAAUGAAAUCGCGUCUAGCACUACUAUUGAUCUGUCAUUCAACAAUCUGACAGGAGAAAUCCCGGAAUCUAGUCUUUUCUUGAAUCAACAAGCCAGUGCUUUCGCUGGAAAUCCUGAUCUUUGCGGCCAGCCAACAAGAAAUCCAUGUCCAAUUCCUUCUUCAGUAUCUCCACUUCCAAAUAUUUCUGGACCAACGUCACCUCCUGCAAUUGCUGCAAUUCCAAAAAUUAUAGGCACUAGUCCUGGAACUACUCCUCCAGGUGAAACAGCAACGGGGUCUGGACAAGACGAAGGUGGGCUUAGGCCAGGAACCAUUAUAGGCAUCGUAAUCGGUGACAUUGCAGGAGUUGCAAUUCUUGGUAUGGUUUUCUUCUAUGUAUACCACUAUUUAAAGAGGAGGAGGAAUGUUGCAAGAAGCAUCAAGAAAGAAGCUAACGCUGCAAAGGAUAGUUGGUCAUCUUCAUCUUCGGAGUCAAGAGGGUUCACAAGAUGGGCAUGUUUACGCAAAAGAGCAGAAAAUGAAGUGGAUUCUGAUUCUACAAGCACUGACAAUGAAGCAGACCCUCUCGAUCACAGUCAAAGACAAACAGAGCAUCAUGAGCAAAACAAAGAAGGGACAUUGGUGACCGUAGAUAGUGAAAAAGAGCUUGAAAUUGAAAGUCUACUUAAAGCAUCAGCUUACAUAUUGGGCGCUACUGGUUCUAGUAUAAUGUACAAGGCAGUUCUUGAAGAUGGGACUUCAUUUGCAGUUCGAAGAAUUGGUGAAAACCAUGUAGAAAGGUUCAGAGAUUUCGAGACUCAAGUCCGUGUCAUAGCCAAGUUGGUGCAUCCAAAUCUUGUUCGAAUUCGUGGGUUCUACUGGGGCGUUGAUGAGAAGCUCAUUAUCUACGAUUUUGUUCCUAAUGGCAGCCUUGCCAAUGCUCGUUACAGGAAAGCUGGCUCGUCGCCUUGUCAUCUACCAUGGGAGGCCCGGCUGAGGAUUGCUAAAGGAGUGGCUCGUGGACUGUCAUUUCUUCAUGAUAAGAAGCACGUGCAUGGAAAUUUGAAGCCUAGUAAUAUACUCUUGGGUUCUGAUAUGGAGCCUAGGAUUGGAGAUUUUGGGCUCGAAAGGCUUGUGACUGGCGACACGAGUUAUAAAGGUGGAGGGUCGACUCGAAAUUUCGGAAGCAAGAGGUCCAAUGCAUCGCGCGAUAGCUUUCAAGACUUUGGACCUGGGCCUAGCCCAAGCCCAAGUCCGAGCUCGAUUGGAGGUUUAUCUCCUUAUCAUGCUCCGGAGUCACUCAGGAGUCUGAAGCCCAAUCCGAAGUGGGAUGUGUACUCGUUUGGGGUUAUCUUGCUUGAGCUACUGACAGGGAAGGUUGUUGUCGUUGAUGAAUUGGGCCAAGGAAGCAAUGGGCUGGUAGUUGAAGACAAGAACCGGGCUUUGAGGAUGGCUGAUGUGGCGAUUCGAGCUGACGUGGAGGGUAAAGAGGAUGCCUUGCUGGCUUGCUUCAAGCUAGGUUAUAGCUGUGCUUCUCCUGUGCCCCAGAAGAGGCCAGCAAUGAAAGAAGCCUUACAAGUGAUUGAAAAAUUCCCAUCUUCAUCUGCAUCUGCAUCGUACCCUUAUGGUCACUAA